GCUCUCUUAUCCGCCCGAGUUUCCCUGCCGCUGCUAAUUUUAGUUUCUCUACACCGGCAGCUUGUCGGUUACAAGUCUAAAUGUGUCAAUAAAUACAUAUAUAUAUAUAUGUUUUUCGUAACUAUUUAACAACGUAUACCAUUGAGGGGAGAGAUGAUGGAGUACCCGAAUCAGAGUGGGUUCAGACAGCGUAAGUUACAGCCGCAGGUCAGGAUGCGAGGGUCCACGAUGGAGCCUAGUGACCCCACACAGUUAUUUGACGACACCAGUUCUGGAGUGAACAAACAUGAGCCUGGCGGGGUCGGAAAAAGCCCGGAUGUGUUUUCAGGACAGAACCUGCUCUCUGACCCCAUGUCAAACCUCGCCAUGGCAUACGGCAGUAGUCUGGCGUCCCACGGCAAAGAGAUGAUGGAUAAGAACCUGGACCGUUUCAUCCCCAUCUCUAAGCUGAAGUACUACUUUGCAGUAGACACGGUAUAUGUUGGAAAGAAGCUCGGAUUGCUGGUUUUUCCCUACAUGCAUGAUAACUGGGAGGUGAGCUAUCAGCAGGACACACCAGUCGCUCCACGCUUCGAUAUCAACGCCCCUGACCUCUAUAUCCCUGUGAUGGGAUUUAUUACAUAUGUCCUGGUUGCAGGCCUGGCUCUGGGCACACAGAACCGGUUUUCUCCAGAAAUUCUGGGCAUUCAGGCCAGCUCAGCAUUGGUGUGGCUCAUUAUUGAGGUUUUAGCCGUCCUUCUCAGUCUUUACCUGGUAACGGUUAACACUGACCUCACCACCAUCGACCUGGUGGCCUUUUCUGGAUACAAAUAUGUCGGGAUGAUUGUGGGAGUGGUUGCAGGACUUCUGUUUGGACGGACGGGAUAUUAUCUCACUCUGCUGUGGUGCUGCGCCUCCAUUUUCGUCUUUACGAUUCGUACGCUGCGGUUAAAGAUCCUCUCUGAAGCUGCAGCAGAGGGACGGUUAGUGAGAGGAACCAAAAACCAGCUGCGGAUGUACCUGACCAUGGCCAUCGCUGCAGCUCAGCCCAUCUUCAUGUACUGGCUGACCUUUCACCUGGUCAGGUAGAGGAGUAAAGGUCAUGAACACACAACUCCUCAUCAGCCUGUUUGCACACAUUCACACACACACAUACGAACACACGCACACAGAACAAACCAACGGACACGCGCUGAGAGCACAAUAUCACUGUCUGAACUCGACUCGGCCUGCCGUCUUUUGUAUGUUUUGGGUUUGUACAUUUCUGUUUUGUAUGAUGUACAGUGUAAUUGUAUUUGUUUAUUUGUUUUGUAUGUUGAUGCGACGGCAUUGUUCAGAUGCUGGGACUGUGCCAGGCCAUGGAUGGGAAUGUUUUUGGUGACUCAAACCAAAUGAAUCCACCUCUGUGUGAUGAUUUAUUUUAAUCCAUAUUAAAGCGCUCUGUCGUUGUUGCCAGACUAACAGAUGCAUACAAGUAUAGAGCUUAAAGGGAUAGUUCACUCCAAAAUUUUACAUUUAUUCACCAUUUACUCUCCUUCAAGUGGUUUCAAAGAUUUUUUAAUCUGUUGAACACAAAAGAAGAUAUUUUGAAGAAUGUUGAAAACCUGUAACCAUUUACGUCCAUAAAAAAACAAAUACUAUGGAAGUUAGUGGUUACAGGUUUCCAGCAUUCUUCAAACCAUCUUCUUAUAAAGAUUCCUUAUAAAGACUUACCGUUUACUUGAUUUAAACCUUUGUAAGUGUCUUUUCUUAUGCGAAACACACAAGAAGAUACUUUGAAGAAUGCAGAAAAACUGUAACCACUGACUUCCUUAGUAGAAAAUAAACAAAUACUAUCGAAGUCAAUGGUUACAGAAGAUAACCUGUAAAACCUGUACUCAUUGACUUCAACUGUAUUUUUUUCCUACUAUGAAAGUAGAUGGUUAUUGGUUUCCAGCAUUUUUCAAACUAUCCUCCUUUGUGUUAAGAAUAAGAAAAUACACUCAUAAACUCUGAAACAAGUAAAGGGUGUGUAAACAAUGACAAUUUUUUAAAACUCUUACUUAAAGCUUUAUAAGUUCCUUUCUUCUGUUGAACACAAGAAGAUAUUUUGAAGAACCCACAAACCUGUAACCAUUGACUUGUAUAGUAAAAACAAAUACUAUUGAAGUCAAUGGUUACUUGUUUCCAGCAUUCUUCUCUCACAAACCUUAAUAACCUUAAUAAUAAUUUUCUACCUUCUGUUGUUUGAGUAUAUUUUUAAGAAACUGAAAACCUGUAACCAUUGACUUCCAUAGUAAAAACAAAUACUAUUGAAGUCAAUGGUUACUGGUUUCCAGCAUUCUUCUCUCACAAACCUUAAUAACCUUAAUAAUAAUUUUCUAUCUUCUGUUGUUUGAGUAUAUUUUUAAGAAACUGAAAACCUGUAACCAUUGACUUCCAUAGUAAAAACAAAUACUAUUGAAGUCAAUGGUUACUGGUUUCCAGCAUUCUUCUCUCACAAACCUUAAUAACCUUAAUAAUAAUUUUCUAUCUUCUGUUGUUUGAGUAUAUUUUUAAGAAACUGAAAACCUGUAACCAUUGACUUCCAGAGUAAAAACAAAUACUAUUGAAGUCAAUGGUUACAGGUUUCCAGUGUUCUUCAAACUAUCUUAUAAAAUAUUUUGAAGAAUGCUGAAAAGCUGUAACCAUUGGCUUGUAUAGUAAAACCAAAAACUAUUAAAGGAUAAGUAAACAAUGAUAAAAUUUCUUUUAUAAGUGUCUUUCUCCUGUUGAACAUGAAGAUAUUUAGAAGAAACCGAAAACCUGUAACCAUUGACUUCCAUAGUAGAAACAAAUACUAUUGAAGUCAAUGGUUACAGGAUUCCAGUAUUCUUCAAACAAUCUUCUUGUAAAAAUAUUUUGAAGAAUGCUGAAAAGCAAAUACUAUGGAAGUCGGUGGUUACAGUUUUCCAGCAUUUUUCAAACUAUCUUCUUUUGUGUUUAGCAUUAGAAAAGACAAUCAUAAAAAUUUGAAACAAGUAACCAAUGACAGAAUUUUACUCUCCCUUAAAACUUUAUAAGUUCCUUUAUUGUGUAGAACACACAAGAAGAUAGUUUGAAGUAUGCUGAAAACCUGUAACUAUUGACUUUAAUAGGAAAAACAAAUACUGUUGAAGUCAAUGGUUGCAGGUUUCCAGCAUUCUUUAAAUUAUCUUCUUUUAAAAACAUUUUAAAGAAUGCUGAAAACCGGUAACCAUUGACUUGUAUAGUAAAAACAUACUAUAAAAGUCAAUGGUUACACGUUUCCAGCAUUCUUCAAAAUAUCUUAUUUUGUGUUUAGCAUAAAAAAGACACUCCUAAAGGUUUGACACAAGUAAAGGACAAGUAUUGACAGAAUUUGUACUCUCCCUCAAACCUUUAUAAGUUUCUUUCUUCUGUUGAACAGAAAAGAAGAUAUUUUGAAGAAUUCUGAAAACCUGUAACCAUCGACUUCCAUAAAAAACUAACACUAUUAAAGUCAAUGGUUACAGGUUUCCAGCAUUCUUCAAACAAUCUACUCAUAAACAUAUUUUGAAGAAUGCUGAAAACCUGUAACCAUUGACCUAAAUAGUAAAAACAAAAACUAUUGAAGUCAAUGGUUAUAUGUUUCCAGCAUUCUUCAAACUAUCUUCUUUUCCGUUUAGCACAAGAAAAGACACUCAUUAAUGUUUGAAUCAAGUAAAUGAUGUCAGAAUUAAUUUUUUAGAUGAACUGCCCCUUUAAUGUUAGACUGCCUUUAUGCACGACCGUUUCAGAACUACCCAGGAUAAACUCGCCUCAUGCAUUUCAGGGUCAGUUGCAUUUUCUGUUUCGUAAUUUGUAAAUGAAAUAAAUGGAUGUUCCCAAGAGCUUCCAAUGCAAGGCUACUUUUUUAAAUCGCUAUUUGUAGUCAUUUUAACAAUAAAUAACUGCAGUGUUGUGUGCAACGUUA